CGCAGGAGGCGCUUAGUUUCUCCAAACAAAAACUAUUGUGCGUUUUCACGCGUUUGGAGAGGUUUCGCUCUUAAUCCAGGAGCGGAGGAUGUACGAUCUGUGAGGACUGUGAUUUACCGGAGAUACAAACAUUUUAUCAGCCUCUUGUCAGACUUUAUUUAAAGACAAAGAGAAACAACUAGAUGUUUUUACGGAUCAGAUCCACGAAACUCCGAGGAACAGCAACAACCUCAUGAUUUACCUCGAAAGGAUGUAUUCAUCUCAAGAUCGCCUUUACACCAUUGCACGCAGUAGAUUAAUGCAUUUUAAUGAUUUACUUUUAUUUUGAAAAUACGAUUUUCUCUCAGAGCAAAGAAUCGCUAGAAUCAAGAAUUUUCUUUGUCUGUGCAUUAUUGCAUUGGCAUACUGAUCACUAAAUGACUGCUAGUGUAACACGCCAAGCUCUCCAAUUAUAACGUGCAAAGACGAACAUGUCAACACUGUUUCCUGAUUAGACAAGAGACUGAAUAGUAUUGGAUUGCAAUGGGAAUGCAAUAGCAGUUGCAUUGAUUUACGAUUGUUUAGACAUUAAUUGAAAGAAAUCUCCCUUUGCCAACCGACCAGAGAAAGAGACGUGUGGGAACUGGCCAUGUCCUUCUUUAAUUUCCGAAAAAUCUUUAAAUUGGGCGCAGAGAAGAAGAAGAAACACUAUGAUCACGUGCACAGGGACACAAAUCCGGAGGAAAUCUGGGAGAUUGUGGGAGACCUGGGGGAUGGAGCCUUCGGAAAGGUGUUCAAGGCUCAAAACAAGCAGACAGGCAUUUUUGCUGCUGCAAAGGUGAUUGACACCAAAACUGAAGAUGAGCUGGAGGACUACAUGGUGGAGAUCGACAUCUUGGCAUCAUGUGAUCAUCACAAUAUUGUCAAGCUGCUUGACGCGUUUUACUACGAGAGCAAACUGUGGAUCCUGAUAGAGUUCUGCGCCGGCGGAGCCAUCGAUGCUGUCAUGCUCGAGCUGGAAAGGCCUCUGACGGAGCCGCAGAUCAGGGUGGUUUGUAAGCAGUCUCUGGAUGCUCUGCAGUAUCUGCAUGACAACAAGGUGAUCCACAGAGACCUGAAGGCUGGAAACAUCCUGCUCACCCUCGACGGAGACGUCAAACUGGCGGACUUUGGAGUGUCUGCCAAGAACACAAAGACUAUCCAGCGAAGAGACACCUUCAUUGGAACCCCUUACUGGAUGGCUCCAGAGGUCGUGAUGUGUGAGACGUCUAAGGACAGGCCGUAUGACUAUAAGGCUGAUAUUUGGUCUCUAGGAAUCACUCUGAUCGAGCUGGCCCAGAUCGAACCGCCCAACCAUGAGAUGAACCCAAUGAGAGUUCUGCUCAAGAUCGCCAAAGCUGAACCGCCUACUCUCCAGCAGCCUUCAAAAUGGUCUCCUAAGUUUAAUGACUUCCUGAAACAUGCGCUGGAUAAGAACGUGGACAACAGGUGGAGCACAGCACAACUUCUUCAGCACCCGUUUGUGAGUAGUGUGACUGACAGCCGACCCCUGCGGGAGCUCAUCGCUGAGGCCAAGGCUGAGGUCACAGAGGAGAUAGAGGACCUGAAGGAGGAAGAGGAGGAAGAAGAUCAUGAGGGAAACCUGCUGCUUCCUGGACACAAACGUGCACCAUCUGACGCUAGCGUUGGAAGCUCUGAAGACGAGAAGCUUCCGCAGUCACCAUCCACCUUGGAGUCUGUUCCUGAGAAGAUUGAAGAGGCCUCUACACCCAAACUGCCAGAUGAUAAUGUUACAACUGGAAUAAAGAAGGAAGAAGAACCUCUGAAGGCGGGUGAGAACCACAUUGAGGAUGUAGCAGAACCUGGAUCUAAGCAACAAGCUGUGGAAGUAUCUCCAAAGGAAUCUCAAGAACCUAAAGCUGAAGAGAAGCCUGUAGAACCAGAGACUCCUGCUGAUACAAUAGUCCAAACGGAGGAGCAAAGAGCCAAACCUGAUGGAGAGAAACUGGAAGAGGAAAAGGAGGUGGUGGGCAAUGGUGAACUCAUAAAGGAAGUGUCUGCAUCAGACAUUUCUUCAUUGGAGACACCAACAGAACCUGUUAAACAAUCUGUGCCUGAUGAACCUAUUCCAACAUCUCCAUUGAAAGAAGAAGAGAGUGUUGAGGGAAAGGAGAAACAUGAACUGGUGGAGAAACAAAGCCCAGUGAAGCCCAGGUAUGUGAAGAAGGAGGACUCAGACUCUGGGAUCAGUUCUUCAGCUGACAACAGCAGCAUAGACCUGAACUUAUCCAUCUCCAGCUUUAUUAGCAAAUCCAAGGAGCCAGGAACCGUCUCUCAGCAGGACAACAAGAGGCAGAAAAAGACUCUGAAAAAGACUCGCAAGUUCAUCGUGGAUGGUGUGGAAGUCAGUGUAACAACGUCCAAGAUCGUCACAGACAAUGACGCCAAAAGCGAGGAGAUGAGAUUCCUCAGGCGUCAGGAGCUGAGGGAACUGAGACUUCUUCAGAAAGAGGAGCAGAGAGCCCAACAGCAGCUCAGCAACAAGCUCCAGCAGCAGAGAGAGCAGAUCUACAAACGCUUCGAACAGGAAGUCACGAGUAAGAAGCGUCAGUAUGAUACGGAGGUGGAGAAUAUGGAGCGGCAGCAGAAACAGACCAUCGAGCGUCUGGAGCAGGAUCACACCGAGCGCCUCAGAGACGAGGCCAAACGCAUUAAAGCUGAGCAGGACAAAGAGCUUUCCAAGUUUCAGAGUAUGCUCAAGAACCGCAAGAAAGAGGAGCAGGAGUUUCUUCAGAAGCAGCAGCAGGAUCUGGACAGCGCUCUGAAGAAGAUCAUUCAGCAGCACAAACAUGAGCUGGCCACUAUUGAGAGAGACUGUCUCAACAACAAGCAGCAGCUCCUCAGAGCCCGAGAAGCCGCUAUGUGGGAGCUGGAAGAGCGCCACCUACAGGAAAAACACCAGUUGCACAAACAGCAGUUGAAAGACCAGUACUUCAUGCAACGACAUCAGCUGCUUAAAAGACACGAGAAGGAAAUGGAGCAGAUGCAUAGGUAUAACCAGCGUCUGGUAGAGGAGAUGAAGAACAAACAGACACAGGAGAGGACCAGACUGCCUAAGAUCCAGCGCAGUGAUGCAAAGACACGCAUGGCCAUGUUCAAAAAGAGUCUGCGCAUCACGACCACAGGGGUCACGCCGGAACUAGAACGUGAGAGGGUCAAACAGUUUGCAGCACAGGAGGAGAAGAGACAAAAGAACGAGCGUCACCAUCAACACCAGAAACAUGAGACUCAGAUGAGAGACCUGCAGAUGCAGUGCGACGCCAAUGUCGGAGAACUACAGCAGCUGCAGAAUGAGAAGUGCCAUCUGUUGAUCGAGCAUGAGACUCAGAAGCUGAAGGAGCUGGAUGAGGAGCACAGCGCAGAGCUCAAGGACUGGAGAGAGAAACUCAGACCCCGCAAGAAGGCCCUUGAGGAAGAGUUCGCGCGUAAGCUACAGGAACAGGAAAUGUUCUUCAAAAUGAGUGGGGAGUCUGCAUGCCUUAACCCCUCCACCCAGAGCCGGAUCUCAAAGUUCUACCCCGUCCCGAGUGUCCACUCCACCGGGUUUUAACACACACGUUCACACUAAAAGCACAGAGAUGCUAAACUGCAUUGGGACUGAACCUCAGCUGCCUUGUUCCCUCUGAUCGCUGAUGUCAGGCAGAACGAAGGAGGGACUUCGUUGUUCCAGUAAUAUACAGAGAAGUUUUUGCUUUUGUUUUUUUAAUUUAAGCUUUAAAAGUGAAUUUUCAGUGUGGUUUCCCUAAACAUUUCAGCAAUGGUUUAUGAAAGAUAAUGUGAUUCUAUAUGCCACUAAAUUGAUUUUUUUUUUUUUUUUUUUUUUUUUGAAUCAGUGGUCUCAGUGUCUUAAUGUUGUGGUUUACUGUGAUAUUUUUAGGAUUAUAUCUGCGUACAUGGAAUGACUGUUCAACUUCAGACUAAUUUGCUUGCACUAAACUAAGCGAAUGAUUUAACUAAAUCUAAAUCAGAAUCAAAAAUCUGAAUGGUAAUAAAAUGUUCUAAAAUCUAAUGAAGUUUAAAGGCACAUUAUUUAGAGCAGUGGUUCCCAACCCUGGUCCUGGAGGC